AUGGCCGGGGCCGCCGUCUGCUACGCCCCCGCGGACACCGACACCUCCCUCCUCCCCGCGCUCCUCCGGGAGCCGGCGUCGACGACCUGCUCGCCGGCCGGGAGAGCUCGGAAGCCAGGCCCAGCGCCCGCGCGGCUCACGCGCGAAGCCUCGCGCGGCCGACGUCGCCGGCGUAACCCCCUCCUCGCCACCGCCCCCGUUCCCGCUCCGCCCCGCUCAGCCGUUCGCCCCCUCCCCGGUGUGAAACAAGACAGCCUCCGGGAGGGAGCGCGAGCGGGUGGGAAGGGGUUUGUGACCUGGCAGGUGCGGUGGGGACCGGGGAGCGCGCGUGCGCGGCAGGACUUCGUAGAGGCUGAAGCUCACGCUGUCCCAAGGGCCGAAGAGGCCGCGGGGCCCCCAGCAUUUGCCUUUGUGGAAUUUGAAACAAAAGAACAAGCAGCAAAAGCUAUUGAGUUUCUUAACAACCCACCAGAAGAAGCACCAAGAAAACCUGGCAUAUUUCCUAAGACAGUAAAAAAUAAGCCCAUUCCUGUCCUUGGAACAUCAGAAAAGAAAAAGAAAAAGAAGAAGAAAGGCCGAAUGAAGAAAGAAGACAAUAUCCAGACCAAAGAGUCCAGUAUUGACGCGAGUAAGGAGAGCAUUGGGAAAAUGAAAAGAACCAGGACCGCAUCUGAGGGAUCUGAAGUAGAAAUUACUGAACCCCAGAAGCCACCGUCAAAGAAAAAGAAAAAACGGGAAAGAGCAGAAGUAUCCAGCUUACCUACAGUCAGAACGGGGAAGAGGAAGAGAAGUAUCUCUGAAGAAGCAGAACACCCAACUCCCAGGUCAAAAGUAAAGAAAAUGACGCAGAAAGACACUAUUAAAACAGAAGAUGUAGAAGUUCCCAAAGAAAACAAAGAUGUAGAAGUCUCUACUGAAGAGGAAAAAGACACGGGAGACGUAAAGGAUGGAUCCCUUUUAAAAGCAAAGAGGAAGCAUAAGAAAAAACACAAAGAGAGGCAUAAAAUGGGAGAAGAGGUUAUACCAUUAAGAGUACUUUCAAAGAGCGAAUGGAUGGAUUUGAAAAAAGAGUAUUUAGCACUGCAAAAGGCCAGCAUGGCUUCUUUAAAAAAAACAAUAUCCCAAAUGAAAUCUGAGUCAAAAAUGGAAACAAACGGAGUACCUCCUAACUCUGGAAUAGAAAAUGAAAAAACCAACAGUGAAGAGUGUUGUCCCCAGGAAAAGGUUAAUGCAACAGGACCCCAGUUUGUGAGUGGCGUGAUUGUGAAGAUUGUUAGCACUGAGCCUCUACCUGGCAGGAAACAAGUCAGGGAUACUUUGGCUGCAAUCUCGGAGGUUGUUUAUGUGGACUUGCUAGAAGGAGAUACAGAAUGCCAUGCUAGAUUUAAAACCCCUGAGGAUGCUCAAGCAGUUACAAACGCACAUACAGAAAUUGAAAAGAAACACUCCUGGAAUCUCGAGAUCCUUUCCGGUGAUCAUGAGCAGAGGUAUUGGCAGAAGAUUUUGGUAGAUAGGCAGGCCAAACUUAAUCAGCCUCGUGAAAAGAAAAGAGGCACUGAGAAGUUAAUCACCAAAGCUGAAAAGAUUAGACUGGCAAAGACUCAACAAGCAAGCAAACAUAUUAGAUUUUCUGAAUAUGAUUGAAAACCACUUUUGGUUCACCGUUUAACAUUUCACUGGAUACUUGAACUUUUCUUAGGAAAUCCAUUUUAUUAUGCUAGUAAAUAAUAAAGAAUGUUUUUUCUGAAACCUA